GCCCUUUGGGGCCCUUUGCCACGAUGGCAUCCAGCAGCCUGUUGGAUGGCCUGAAGUUUUCGCGCUUCCUCGCCGACGAGGACGCUGUGGGGCAGGGAUCCUUUACUACGGAGGGUCGCGAUGGGGUCGCCUUACUGAGUGGACUUUUCAGAGUUCAGACGCUAGAGAGAAAGGAAGCCGCGAUGUCAGAGACUGAGAUGAAGAAGCUGGGCCCCUUGUCUCCCCGGCUGAUCGAGUGCUUUAGCGGCCAAACACUCAAGGUCGCGCAGACACUGGACAUCAAGAGGCUGGAAGAGAGUGAUGGCCUGACCUACCUUAUGGAUGCCGUGGCCACCGAACUACGACGCCGCCGACUUCAACAAGCCAGAGAUCUCUACGAGGCUGGAGCAGCCACGGGCGAGAUCAUGGCACGGCAACCAGCGGAAACGAUGAGCCAGCUUCUGUUGCGACGACGAGCAUGGUACCGGGCCAUGACGGACCUCAAUGCACAGCUGAAGCUGCCGGACGUGAUCUUGGCGGAGCCGUUGUUGAACAACGCCGGCCUGACGUCCAACCAAAACCUCAUGAUACGGACGACCCUCCACGGCGACAUGACCUUUGACAAGGUGGCCGAGGAGUUGAUCUCGCAGCAUCCUCGCAUACAUGAGCGUGCCCAAGGACAUCCUGGACUAUACACCGACGGCAUCCUGGAAAAUUUCGAGGACAUCCCGGAGCCCAUCGAGGCAGAAGCACUACCAAUGGAUGAAGAUGAGCCCCAGCACGACAAUGAAUAUCCGGACGAGGACGACGACGGCUUCUACGAGAUCGGGACGUUCGCUGAGGAGCACCUGGCUUGCUUGGCCGAAGGCGGCUUGGACCUCGAUGACAUGGAGGGCUGUGAGUACGCCUCCGAGUUGAUCCAAGCCCAUGAGGAGGCCUAUUUCGCCGGCACAAGGGCCGCAACGGCUUCUGGAAGCCGCAGCUUGAGCUGUCGGGCUCAUUCAGCUUCAAGCGCUGAAGGCUCGUGCAACGUGCAGGCCAUGCGGAGCUGUUGGACACUGCAGUGGAGAUGUUACGUGCCCACUCCAAAAUCCAGAAGGGAAAGGGCAAGAAGGGCAAUGGAAAGGUGGCAAGUUCUCCUACGAGCGCCACGAUCACUCCGGCUUCCUCUGGAAAGGGGAGACCCAAAGGCCAGAAACCCCGCAUGGUCUACUUUUCCAAUCUGA